AUGUUUCGGUUGGCAUUGGCGGCGCUUGCCCUUUCAUGCUGGGGUUUGGCCGAAGAGAUUCCAGCGGACACGAGUGCUCUGGCGCUGGACGAUGCCUGCGACUCCGAAGCGUGUGAUCUGUCCCUGCGGCAGCUCCGGCGUGAGAGCCGGAGCACCCAUGCAAACGACAUGGGAUCGGCAGCGGCACCAAAGUUCAACUACAACUGGAACUUUGGAUGCACCGGGACGACAGAUCAAGAGCAGCCUGCAGGCGACGACCUCACCUUCAACCUGAACUGGAACUUCUGCUUCGAUGAGAAGACCCUGGGCAAGAUGUCGAAGGAAGGCGGAGCUUUCAAGAAGAAGAAGGGUAACUGUCAGUCCUUCGGCUGCACCAAGAGUUUCGAUUUCAUGACGCUGAUGAACGAAUGCCAGUGCUUCCCUGGAUGUGACAAGACAUUUCUGGGCAACACUUGCUGCUCUGACUACAAGAGUCAGUGCGAGACAGGAAAGGCGGAGGAAGCUCAAAGUGAAGCACCCGCCCUGACGAUCUCUGGUUACACAACCUAUGCAAACGCCCACUGCGAGGAUUCGGGAGGAGCCUCGGAGCUCAAAAGCACCAGCGCUUCUCCCGCUAGUUGCGCGAAGCAGUGUGACAGCAAUUCCGACUGCGAGGGCUUCUCCGUCUCAAAGAAGAACUCCUGCACCUUGCUUGCCGGAAUUAACAUCCCGGCCUGUGGCGCCAGCCCUGGAGAGUUCUCCACUUACGUAAGAACCCAGGGCAAGAAACCGCCGGCUUGCUAUAAGUACUUGGCUGACAAGGGCGCGGAAGGCUGUGCAUCUUAUGCCUGUCCCGGCGGACCAGAGGGCACGGCAGGUGAUGACGGCAGCGAUGCCUACAAGUGCUGCUGCAAGUUGGGCUGGUCGAAGUCGACGCGCUUGGCCUUGCCGGCUGGUGUCAAGCUGAGGAUCGUGAACAAAUAUUCCGACCGGGCACUCUUCGCCAAGAAAGGCUUCAAUUGGGAGGAGGGUUGUGGGGCCGGAACGCCGAAGGAGAAAGUCGGCGAGGAUGGCUACUGGACUUUAGUACCCCACGGCGAGAAUCAGUUCCGAAUCGUAAACCAACUGUCCAACCGAGCUCUGUAUGCGAAGAGCCCGCCUGAUUCGAAUUGGGAAUGGGGUUGGGGAGCUGGCUCGCCACCCAGCAAAGUGUGGAACGAUGGGAUUUGGACCUUUGUCCCCGCCACGGAUGGGAGCUUCAAAAUCAUCAAUGCAGAGAGCAACCGGGAGCUCUACGCCAAGUCCGGCGGCCACGGCGAGGCAAGCUGGAGCGGAGGCGUUGGAGCCGGCAACCCGCCCGACAAGGUCUACAAGGAUGGCUCCUGGUUGUUGGAGUUCGUGGAAUGA